GUGGUGAUGACGCUUGCAGCACUUGUAAGUUCUCACAGCCAUUUGGCUUUUGAGCCCCCCUUGGAUCAAAAUUUUCUUACGUGUUACAUCCUGCGAUAUUGCGCUAGCGCAGCAGUGAAUCUGCUUCAUGAUGAGGUUCUCAGAUAUCGCUUAAUCUGAAUGAAAUUCAUGACCCCUUCUGAUGCCACAAACGCGUUGAAUUUCUUUCUUGGCGGCCCGACCCAAAAGGAGGCGGUGAUCGAUUGCACUGUGGUUUCGGAUUUGAUGAUUAAGGACUUGCAGGAUCUAUGUGACAUGCCUGUUCUUCCUUUCUCUGUCCAAAUCGAUUCCAUUCAUAACAUACCAGACUGGACUGGACUGGAUUUGAGCUUUAUUUUUGCGCGGGACCCCUCAUCAAUCGUUAUAGUACUGUAUCGCUACAAAGGGCUUCGAAGGGCUAAGCGAGUGCAGAAGAAAAGCGCCCCAACAGCUUGUCAAGACUGACACAGGAUUGUCGAAGUGGGAGCUUCUUCCAACAACGACAUGUUGCUAGAGAUUA